AUGAAUCAAUGUGUUCGUGCCUUUAACAACUGCUUUUUUUCCGACACCAAUACAGUAAAUAGGAUUCACGGAUUACAGCAGGGAUUAGGCUUACCUUCAGUGUGCACAUCGGCUCGAUUGAUCCCCCGGAGGUGUCCAUAUCGACGUCAUUCUGCUGCACCUCCUGCUGCUCAUUUUGGGAUGUCGUUGCCGCAACUGCUGAAAUCGAAUCACGAGCUCCGAAUGCCAGUCGUCGACGUCGAGCUUCUGAUUGGACCAGUGUUGCGAUCACUUGCUUUGUUGACAAGUCUUCACAUAAUUCUAUUGGCGUUUUUCCAUUCUUCGUCUUCGCAUGAAUAUCUCCUCCGUAUUGGCAAAGCAGUUCGAUGA